GAUAAUGAAACAUAAUACCUUGUUUUGCGAAUUAUUGGAGGACCUACAGUACUGAAAAUGACCACGUUUGCUUUGGAGCAAUAACAAUGGUUUCUGUUGAAGGGGAAUUUGGUUAAAUAAUAUUGUUCUCAGCUAGCUAACAUUCACUUGAUUAUGAUCACAAGUUGCAGAAGUGACUGCUACUUGAACAAAAAAGGGCAGACACUUCUGUCCAAAACGAUCGGACCCGUGAAGGAUCAGCCAUGUUUUUCUGGACUAAAGCACUAUUUUUUUUCUGUUUGUAAUGUUUAUCAUAAUCAAACUUGUCAAUCAUAUGUACUUGUCACCGUAUGUAAUCUCCUGUCGGUAUGUAAUUAGCUUCAUAUAAUUUCCUAUUUGACCAAGUUUUGAUGCUGCCAAUAGAGUAUCUCUCUUUCGUAGCCGGCAGUUGUCAGUGAAAAAUGCGGUUACAAUCAUCCAAGCCAGAUGCAAAUGAGCACAUUAGAAGCAGUCAUUACCACUUGACAAGGUCACCCUCACACCCUUAUAUAUACAAGGCCCUAUGUUACCUUUUGCCAAUCUAGUCACCUUCUAUCUCUAGAGUCCGAUAGUACUAGGCACCCAAAAGACAGACCUUUGCAGCCAUGGAGAAGCCUGAGUUUGUUGAAGGAAAGGUAGAUUGGAAGGGAAGACAAGCUAUCAGGAAUAAGCAUGGAGGAAUGAGGACUGGUUCACUUACACUAGCAACGUUUGGUUUCGAGAGCAUGGCAACUAUUGCCCUGGCAGUAAACUUGGUGACGUAUUUCAUCACUGAUAUGCAUCUUGAAAUAGCUGAGGCAGCCAACAGCUUAACCAACUACUUGGGAACAGGCUACAUCCUCUCCAUACCGGUUGCAAUCCUCGCAGACACUUAUCUUGGCAGAGUCAAAUCUGUUCUAAUCUCAGGAUUCCUAGAGUUUCUGGGACUAGCACUGCUCACAGUACAAGCUCACUACCCCAAACUAAGGCCAGCUCCUUGUAUUGUCUUUGAUCCAAAUUCUCAUUGUGAGAAACUUAUGGGGGGUAACGCGGCAUUCCUGUAUUUUGGUCUAUACAUGCUUGCUCUUGGCACGGCAGGAAUUAAAGCCUCAUUGCCUGCACAUGGUGCUGAUCAGUUUGACGAAACCGACCCAAACGAGGUCAAGCAGAUGUCCAGCUACUUCAACUUUCUCUUGAUGGCUGUAUGCCUUGGUAGUUCAGUCAGUUUAACAUUUAUUGUGUGGAUUCAAGAUAAUAAAGGAUGGGACUGGGGUUUUGGGAUCGGUACGAUUGCCCUACUCCUCGGUUUGGUCAUCUUUGUUGCUGGAUUGCCACUCUUUCGCAUACAUGUUGUUAAAGGAUCUAGUGCCAUCACUGAAAUUAUUCAGGUUUACGUCGCAGCCAUACGUAACAGAAAUCUUGCACUCCCAAAAGAUCCUUCAGAACUUUAUGAGACAAACAAGGACAAAGAAGCUGCAGUGGAGACAGAAUUUCUACCUCACAGAGACGUUUUCCGGUUCCUGGACAAAGCUGCUAUCCAAAGAACACCUGCAGGGCAGCUAGAGAAACCAGAAGCUCCUAAUCCAUGGAAACUAUGCAGGGUCACCCAGGUCGAAAACGCAAAAAUCUUACUUGGAAUGGUCCCAGUUUUCUGCUGCACCAUUAUCAUGACACUUUGUCUAGCUCAGCUUCAAACAUUCUCAGUCCAACAAGGGCGAACCAUGGACACAAGGCUCACGAAUUCUUUUAACAUACCGCCAGCCUCACUGCCUAUCGUUCCACUCAUAUUCAUGAUCAUUAGCGCACCAGUUUACGAUAAAAUAUUCGUUCCCUUUGCACGAAACAUCACAGGCCACCCAACAGGCAUCACUCACCUACAACGCGUAGGCGUUGGCCUUGUCCUGUCUUGUAUAUCCAUGGCCUCAGCCGCAAUAAUGGAAGUGAAACGCAAAGGCGUGGCACGAGACCACAACCUCCUAGAUGCUAUCCCAGGCGUGACUCCAUUGCCAAUCAGUACUUUCUGGCUAUCAUUUCAGUACUUCAUAUUUGGCAUUGCAGACUUGUUCACUUACAUUGGCCUUUUGGAAUUCUUCUACUCAGAGGCACCAAAAGGUCUUAAAUCCAUCUCUACUUGCUUCCUUUGGAUUUCCAUGGCACUCGGAUACUAUGGUAGCUCCAUUCUCAUCGACAUCGUGAACAGCGCCACCAAGGGAAUAACCAGAAGUGGAGGCUGGUUAGCAGGCGACAACAUCAACAGGAACCAUUUAGACCUCUUCUACGGGCUGCUUUCAAUACUUAGCUUCAUCAACUUCUGCAUCUACUUGUUUGUUGCUAAGAGGUACAAAUAUAGACCUCAAAACGCUCCGGCCGCCUCCGAUGAGGACAGCAAGACUUACUCCAAAUAAGAAAGAUAAAAUCAGUCCGGUACUAACCAUCUGGUCUGGGGAAGAAAAAUGGAUGAAAACAAAUAUGAACUACUUUUUUUCUCUUUUUAUGCUAUCAAAUUUUAUUAUGGUCUGUAAUUUCCUACUGUUAUUCAAAGUUCAUGAGAUCGUUGAAGAUUAUAUUGUAAGAUA